UUCCAUCUAUGGUCUCUCGUUAUCUUUUCCUCGACCUCCUUUUAAUUCUCCUCUAAACCCCAUUCUAUAUUCAGCACCGAAUCAAAAUUUAAAAAUUCUAGGCAUUCGUUUCUUGGUGCUUUCAACUGAUCUGCAAUCAUAGAUAAGAUUUAGAUGUUUUUCUGUUUUUGUCAUAGUGUUUAUAAGCGGGUUUGGAGAAUAUUUGAGACUUGGGUAAGAAAUUAAUGUCCAGGAAAAAGAUGGUUUUUUUUUUUUUGCUGAAGAUCAAUAAAAGAAGUUUAGAGAAACAAAGGAUGCCCAUUCAACUGUUGGGUCGGAGAGAAGAUCUAUUUGUUGGAUGGGUCUGUCUGGUGGUAUUUCUUUGGCUUGGAAAAAAGGUGUGGACCUAGAAAUCAUGCAUACAUCUAGACAUAAUUUUCAUGCUAUCAUUCAUACUCAUUCACAAGAAUCGGAUUUUCUUUUGAGUUGUAUGUAUGGUUCUAAUAAUCCUCUUGAGUAUCAAGAACAAUGGCAGUACAUGCUUGAUAUGCAACCUUUUGUUGACUUACCCUGGAUAUUAUUGGGAGAUUUGAACUUUACGAUGUCAAACUCUGAGACUCAAAGUUCGUCUCAGCAUCCUCGUCAACAUUCUAGGAUGGUCAGACCUAUUAUUCAACAAUUAGGUCUUAUAGAUUUGGGCUUUUCGGGGUCUUCUACAACUUGGUCUAAUCACAGAACGGGACAAGAUUAUACAGCUGUUAGACUUGAUCGAGCACUGGUAAACGUUAUGUGGCUCAACUAUUAUUUUAUGGCUCAUCUCAUGCAUAUUCCGCAUGUGGCUUCAAAUCACUCUCCCAUCCUUUUGGCUACAUCAACAGAAUUUCAGAGUUGCAUUUCAGAUGAAGAAAACAAUAUGCUUUUGCAACUUCCCUCAGAGAAGAGAUCAAAGAUGUGGUGUUUUAAAUUAAGUCGUGGUUUUCACCUGGGAAUGAUGGAUUUCAGGCUGCCUUCUAUCAAAAAUGUUGGUCUACAGUUGGAACCGAGACGAUUGUCUGCUGUUUUUAGAAGCUUCUCCUCAUCAUCUUCGACAGCUUCAGCAUAUUCUUCAACAAUUCAGUACUGCUUCAGGUCCUCAAGUGACCAAAUGCCACAAUUCAGCAAAUGGAUCAAAUUCAACAGAAUUAUUGGUGGGCUAAAAAGAAGCAUUUCAUUGGAUGGUAUAAGAUUCUCCUUUUAUACAUGGAAUUGUUGCAACAAUGUGGCAUAUACGGAGAUACAGAUGUCAAGUUAUCUUUCAACAGGCACAGAUUAAUAUAAACUUUGUUUUACUUCCUAUGUUCAAGCAUCUUACUAGCAUUGCUUCAUCAUUAGUGUCUCAUCAGCAUGCUUGCCAUCCUAGACAGAUUAUAAGACAUUCACAUCAUUGGAACCCUACUCCACCAAACACUUUAAAAAUGAAUGUUGAUGCUUCAUAUCAUAAAAGUUUUUAUCUAUCUGGUAUUGUUGUGAUAAUUAGAACUU